ACAGAUGUGCUGGAAGCUUCUUCAACAGCAACAACAACCAUUUUAUCUGAACACAAACUAUUGAUUACAUCUGAUAUAAACUCCCAGGCAUGGCAUCCUCCAGUGGUCCACUAAAUGAGGAGCUCCAGUGCUCCAUCUGUCUGGAUGUGUUCACUGAUCCAGUCACCACUCCAUGUGGACACAACUUCUGCAGAACCUGCCUGAACAAGUGCUGGACAAACACACAGACCUGCUUCUGUCCACUCUGUAAUAAAACACUUAGCAAUAGACCUGAUCUUGAAAUUAACACAACACUCACAAAGGUUGUACAAUACUUUAAGAAGCUCAAUCAAGGCAAAUCUGAGGUGUUCUGUGACUUCUGUGAUGAAAGAAAGCAGAAAGCCAUGAAGUCCUGCCUGACGUGUCAAAGCUCUUACUGUGAGACUCACCUGGAGCCUCAUCACAGAGUCCCACGUCUAAAGAAACACACACUGAUCAACGCUGUGGAAAAUCUGGAGGAUUAUAUAUGCCAGAAACACGAGAGACCUCUGGAGCUGUUCUGCAGAGAUGAUCAGACGUGUGUGUGUCUGUCCUGCACUGAAGGAGACCACAGGACUCACAACACUGUUCCUAUAGAGUGA